AUGGCUGCAAACAAGUUUGCAACAAUGUUGCAUAAAAACACAAACAAAUUGACACUCAUUCUAGUAUAUACAGUUCUUGAAUGGACCCUUAUUCUUCUUCUUCUUCUAAACUCUGUUUUUUCUUAUAUAACGAUCAAAUUUGCCCAAUUUUUCGGGUUAAGCCCGAUAUGUUUUUCAUGUGCCCGAAUGGAUCAUUUUCGUUACCAUUUAUGUGAUCAUCAUUCAAAAGAGGUAGCUCAAAUGGGUUUGUGUUUAAAUCAUCAAAAACUAGCUGAGUUUCAUGAUAUGUGUGAAAAUUGUGCAUCCUCUGUUCUGGGUUAUCGAAAAGUGUCGAAAAAGGUUCUGUUUUCGAAGGUGGAAAGGAUUGAUGUGAUUGAAUGUGAUGAAAAAGAUAUGAACUUGAAGUGUUCUUGUUGUGAUAAGAAUUUUGAGAAACAAUUUGUUGAUGAUGAUACUUGUUUUGUGAGUCAUCCUUUAUGCGAUAAUUCGAUUGAUGAUCAUAAUGAAAAUGGGCUAAUGGAUGAUGGAUUUGGGUCGGGUUAUGUUGAAACAACCCAAGAAAAUGAAGACAAAAAACAGAGUGAGGAAGACGAAGAAGGCGAAACAGAGGAAAUUGAGACUGAAGUUAGUAGAGAGUUUAAGUCUUUUGAGCAGAAUUUGAUUCAACUUGAUAAAGGGGAAGAUUUGAAUUCUCAUGAUCUUAAAUUCUUCAUUGAUUAUAGUGGAAUUCAGUUGUUUCCAUUUGAAUUACCCGAUUCGAAAACAGGGGAGCUAGGAGUCAAUGGGCAAGAAAAAGAUCAUGAAGUGCUAGGCUCGAAAACAAAGGAAAAUGAAGAAGAAGAUCAUGAAUUUGGAGAUUUUCAAGAAGCUCAAGUGGAUUCACAAGAAAGUUAUGAUUCUGCUGAUCCAAGAACAGAGGUUUCAUCCAAAUUUGUCGAGAAUUUGAUUGAUUUCGGUGAUGAAAAAGUCGAUAUUGAGCUAGAAACUCAAGUACCAUUUAUCAAAACCGAAUUACUACAAGAAGGCGAUUCAAAUAUUCAUUUAGGUUAUCUCGAAUUUGAGGAAGCUCAAAAGACUCAUGUCGAUUCACAAGAGAGUGAUUAUUAUUUUGAUAAAAAAAGAGAGAAAUCAUCCAAGUUUGUCGAGAACUUGAUUGAAUUCGAUAAUGAAGAAGUCAUUAUUGAGCAAGAAACUCAAACUAUAUCAAUGGAUACUCAAGAAUAUCAAGAAAGUGAUUCACAUAUACAUUUGGCUCAUGAAGAAGACAAUGUGUCAAUCGGGACGGAGAUUCCUGCUUUGGAUUCAUGUGAUCAGAUCAAACAUGAAGAAUCUUCAACAAUUUUUGACAAUAUGGAUUUGGGUACUAAAAUUGAUUUUGAGGAAGAAAAAGCUCCCGAGACACCUUCUUCGUUACAUAGUCUAAAUCCGCUUCACAAGAAGUGGUUAACACACGAGACGAAAGAAUUCGGGUUAGAAGAGUCACUCGACGGAAGUGUGAUUAGUGAAACCGACGGUGGUGAUCCAGUGAACACGGCCGAGAAGCUCAAGUCAGCUUUAAAAGCCGAGAGGAAAGCGUUACGUGAUUUAUAUUUGGAGCUAGAAGAAGAGAGAAAUGCUUCUAUGGUGGCUGCUAACGAAACCAUGUUUAUGAUAAACCGCCUUCAAGAAGAAAAAUCGGCAAUGCAAAUGGAAGCAUUGCAGUAUCAAAGAAUGAUGGAAGAACAAUCCGAGUAUGAUCAAGAAGCUUUACAGCUCUUGAAUGAACUUAUGAUGAAGAAAGAAAAAGAACUUGAAAUUUAUCGAAAAAAAGUGUUGGAUUACGAGUCUAAAGAGGAUACGAGGUUUACAACCGGGAGUACGAAAACUAGGACAUCUUCGAUUUCUUGUAGUCAUUCCGAGGAUGAUGAUGGUUUGUCGUCUGAUUUGUAUCAAAUACCAAAAGACGAAAAUACCCUUGAUGGGAAUCGAGAAAUCGAAGGUCGGGUUCAGUCUGGGUUGGACUUACAAUCAUCGUUGGUCCUAUUUGAGGAAGAGAGGUUGUCGAUUCUCGAACAGUUGAAGUUUUUAGAAGAAAGGCUUUUUGCGUUGAGUGAUGAAGAGGAUCGACAUUUCUCUAAGUUAACGAUGAUCGACGAUCACUAUGAAGAAAUCGAUACGUAUGGUUUUGAUGGACGAGUUUGUGAAAGUACUACAAAUGGGUUUGGGGAGAAGCAACUCCUUCCUCUUUUUAGUGCAAUUAGUACUACUGGAAAUGAAGAUGGUGUGACGGUAAGGAACGGUGUGAUGGUAAGAAACGGAUACGAGAAUGGAUUCCAUUUGACGAACACGGCCGUGACAAGAUUUGAACUCGAGAAGAAACGGAUCGACAUGGAAGAGGAAGUAGAUCAACUCUACGGAAGGUUGCAAGCUCUAGAGGCGGAUAGAGAGUUUUUAAAGCAUUGUAUCGGGUCUAUGAAAAAAGGUGACAAAGGAAUGGAACUUCUAGAAGAAAUUUUGCACCAUUUACGAGAUCUUCGAGAUGUGAAUCUUCGAGCAAAGAAUUUUUCCGACAACGCCCUUCUAUGACCCUGUGUAUCUUUACACGAUAGGUAAUAUGAUCUAUCGUAAUUUCAAAUGGUCGCAUUAAGAAUUUAAUCUUGUUACAAGAUGAAAUUCCUGACAUGAUAAUUAUAUGCAUUUACAAUUAUUUCUUGUUCAUUUUUAGGGGUAAAAUGUUACUACUAUAGAAGAAAUGUUUGUUAGUGAAAUAGUGUGCUUUAUUGUUUUUGUUUAAGCUUGUUAGUGAA